AUGUGUUUUCUUGGCUUCAUACUAGUUUUUGAUGAUGGUGAUGAAAGGACCUUAAGACGAACUUCAUUAUGCUUGAAGGGAGAAAGGCACUUCGCAGAAAGUGAGACACUUGAUCAGCUGCCACUAACCAAUCCAGAGCACUUUGGAACUCCAGUUAUUGGGAAGAAGUCUAAUAGAGGAAGAAGAUCUUCUCUUCCUGUUACUGAAGAUGAAAAAGAAGAAGAAAGUAGUGAAGAAGAGGAUGAAGAUAAAAGGCGUCUCAAUGAUGAAUUGCUUGGGAAAGUUGUGAGUGUGUCUUGUAAUUCUGAGAAGGCAGACUGGUAUCCAGCUUUGGUUGUGUCUCCCAGCUGUAAUGAUGAUGUCACAGUGAAAAAGGACCAGUGUUUAGUUCGAUCCUUUGCAGAUUCCAAAUUUUACUCAGUAGCAAGAAAAGACAUUAAAGAACUAGAUGUUCAAAACUUACCAAAAUCUGAGUCUUCUCCUAAAAAAGGGCUACAGGAGGCAAGCACAUUUCUCAACACAAAGGGUGUUCCUCGGAACUGGAAAAUGGACAUAAGUGAAAUUCUGGAGUCCUCUAGCAGUGAUGAGGAAGAUGGAGCUGCUGCAGAAACUGAUGAGGAGGAAGAAAAAAGAGAAGAGAAAACCGAAGAAGUAGUGCCUGAGGAAGAGCUUGAUCCUGAAGAGAGGGACAGCUUCCUCCAACAGCUUUACAAGUUUAUGGAAGACAGAGGUACUCCUAUCAAUAAACCACCUGUUCUGGGCUACAAGGACCUUAAUCUCUUCAAGCUUUUUAGACUGGUAUAUCAGCAGGGUGGGUGUGACAAUAUUGAGAGUGGUGCCGUAUGGAAGCAAAUUUAUAUGGACCUUGGCAUUCCUAUUUUGAACUCAGCUGCUUCCUACAAUGUGAAAACUGCUUAUAGAAAAUAUCUUUAUGGUUUUGAAGAGUACUGCCGUUCUGCAAACAUUCAGUUUAGGACCAUCCAUCACAAUGAACCAAAAGUGGUAGAAGACAUACAGAAACACGUGGAACCAAUGGAGGAAAGUGUAAAAGAGGAACAAAAAAUGCCCCCAACAGAAGUUAAAAAAGAAGCAGAAGAAAAUUAUUCCAGCAGUGAAAGUGAAAAAGAAGAAAUAGAACUAAGAUCCCCAAGGGGACGAAGACGACUUGCGCGUGAUGCAACCCUUGCUAAAAAAGACAGUGAAGAGGAUAAAACACAAGAUAAAUUAAAAGACAGUAACAAAGAAAACAAAGAUAUAGAGGAAACACCGGAGAAUGCAGAAAAGAAAGAAAAUGAAACUCCACCAGGGAGAAAAAGUACACCAAAGCAAAAAGAGAAAAAAAUUAAAAAACAGGAGGAUUCUGAUAAAGAGUCAGAUGAAGAGGAAGAGAGGCAGAGGGAGAGAGAGGAAAUUGAGAACAAAGGAGAAUCAGAAGGUGAAGAAGAUGAGGAGGAUGCAGAACCCUGUCUGACUGGAACCAAAGUGAAAGUAAAAUAUGGACGUGGAAAAACUCAAAAAAUUUAUGAAGCCAGUAUUAAAAGCACAGAAAUUGAUGAUGGAGAAGUUUUGUAUUUAGUUCAUUACUAUGGUUGGAAUGUAAGAUAUGAUGAAUGGGUGAAAGCUGAUCGGAUUAUCUGGCCUGUGGACAAAGGAGGACCAAAGAGAAAACAGAAGAAAAAAACAAAAAAUAAAGAAGACGGUGAAAAGGAUGAGAAGAAAGAUGAGGAGAAACAAAAAUCAAAGCGUGGGCGACCCCCUCUGAAAUCUACUCUUCCAUCAAACACGUCUUGCAGUUUAUCCAAAACGCCAAAUAGCGAAGGUAAAUCAGGAGCCAGAAGUGCACGGAACAACUUGUCAGAUUCCUCACCAUUACCAAAUGGAACAGAAGACUCUGGCUCAUCUGACAGUGAAGCAGAUGAGUCAUCUGAAAAGAAUUUGAAUGAAGAAUUUUCUCCAGAAACUUCAGAACUGGAAAAAAGCGAAAAACUACGUGAUGAGAAGCUAGAUGAAGAAAACCCAAAGAUUCCUCAUGCAUUGAAAGAAAAUGACAGGACUCAAGUACAGCCGCUAGAAACACUGAAACUGGAAGUUGAAGAAAGUGAACAAAUUGUUCAGAUUUUUGGAAAUAAAACAGAACAAAUAGAAGAAAUAAAAAGAGAGGCUGAAAAAUCACCUAAAGGAAAAGGGAGAAGGAGCAAGACAAAAGAUUCCUCUUUAGAGAAUGCAAAGUUUUCACCUGGAAGCCAAGAAGAGGUGGCAAAUGAAUCUCUUGCAGAACCUGAAAGAUUAGACAUGUCUUCCUUGGACUGUAAAGAAGUUUCCAGCACUACUGAAAGUGAAACAGAACCUUCUACUAAAGAUAAGAAGCUUUUGAAAAGGAAAACUUUGGAACAGGCAUCGCCUGAGAAGAGAAAUCGACGAGAGAGUGAGAUGGAAGUGCCAAAUAUUGUAUCUGAAGAGAGGACCAAUGGAUGUACUGGAGCAGAAGAAUGUAGAAGGCUGAAUGCUGAAGAGUCCCUCAGAACUGAAAAUGAGGAAAUGCCAUCCCUGGUGGCAGAAUCAGUUCAACAUGGUCAAGAGCUGAGGAAUGAGAAGUUUGAACGUCCAUCUGAAGAAAAUGAGAAUGUUCCCUUAAAAGAUGAGGAUGAUGCAAUGCCACAGAUUGGUCCUGAAACUUUGCUGUGCCAUGAAGUAGACUUGGAUGACUUGGAUGAAAAGGAGAAGAGCAGUAGUGAAGACACAAUAUCAGAAAAACCAGACCCUAAUGCUUCAAAUUCACAUCCAUCUGCCUUACCCCCAGCUGUCCAGUCGAGCUUUUCAGCGGCCUCGCCUCUUACCCUUAGUCAGGACGAAUCACGCAGUAUCAAGAGCGAAAGCGAUAUGACUAUUGAAGUCGACAGUGUGGCAGAAGAGUCUCAAGAAGGGCUCUGUGAAAGCGAGUCUGCCAAUGGAUUUGAAGCCAGUACUACAUCAAGCAAUUGUAGUAUAGCCGUGCAAGAAAGAGAGAUUGGAGAUAAAGGUCAAAAAAGACCCAGUGAUAGCAAUAGCGGAACACUGGCAAAAAAACAAAAGCGUACUCCAAAGCGUACAAGUGCUGCAGCCAAAAAUGAAAAGAAUGGAACAGGUACAUUCCUGGAGGGGGAGAGGGGGAAGGUUUUGCUGUCCUAUAAACAU